GUAGCAUACACUCGUUAGCCUCCCUCUUAAUUAUUUCUACUACCUGCCUCCUACUCUCUCUCUCUCUCUCUCAGCCCUAAUCUCUCUCCUCUUUCCCGUCCUUUAAAUGGCCGGAAGAAGUGUUCCCGUCAAAUUUCCGGCGUAUAGCUCUCAGGUUUAAUGCAAUGGAGCUCGGAGAAGAGAGAAGUGGAAGCAGUAGCAACGAUUCCUCUGGAGAGAGGUUUCCAUCAAAUUCCAGAAAGAGGUCAGUGGAUUCCUGCGACCAGAAUUCAGAAAGCUGGGUCAAAGAGAGAGACAUGAAACCAGCAACGACCGGAGGAGUGAGGCAAUAUGUGAGAUCGAAAAUGCCUCGGCUUCGAUGGACACCUGAUCUACAUCUUUGCUUUGUCCAUGCGGUAGAGAGACUUGGUGGCCAAGAUAGAGCAACGCCUAAGUUGGUUUUACAGCUGAUGAAUGUGAAAGGACUUAGUAUUGCUCACGUAAAAAGCCAUCUUCAGAUGUAUAGGAGCAAGAAGGUCGACGAUUCUGGGCAAGUCAUAUCGCAGCCGGACAGGCUGAUACCGGGGGAGGAUCACUACUAUGCAAGAGGCAGCAGUCUGCAGAUGCAGCAGCAGUUCAGUAAGGACAACGGUACCCUUUUUGCAGCAGGAGGAGGCAAGAAUAUUCACGAUCCUGAUCAUCUCUACGGCCUCCUCCAUCGACCAAUCCUCCACUCCUACGAUCACAGAAGCAACAAUUUCAGGCAGCAUGAUUGGGUAUUCAAACCAUAUGGAUUCCAAGGUAUAGGUGAUAAUCAUGGGGGAUCAAGAUCAACCUUUCAUGUCCUAGGCAACAAUAUGGUACAAAAUACAGUGUUCAGAGAGAAUGGCAACAGGUCAAUGCAAGAGUUGUUUGCAAUAAGGGGAGCAGCCACCUCAGGUGGGCCUCUUAAAUUAAACCACAGCAUAGAAGAGAGAAGAUACCCCAACAUUCAGAGAGAGACAGGAAUUGGGUACAGGAGUGAAGGAAUUGGAGUGCAAGGGUUUGAUAGGCAAAUUCCUCCAAAUUUUGAGUGGAAUUGUUCGGGCCAAGCUCGAGCAAAUGUCGUGGGUUCUUGUCAAAGCUCCAUUGUUGCAACCAUGGAUCAGUCGAUUUUUGGAAGGAGUAUUGCUCAUAAUACUAUGCUCACAAAUAGAUCCCAUGAGGCUUUAACUGCUUCUGAUAGGCAUGGAUCGCAAUUUGAGCUCUCUUUGCAGCUCCCGUUGCAGCAACAUGGAAAUGACAACCUUGGUAUGAACCUUCUGGAUAAACCAUGCGAGGAUACGAGUCCAGAUGGGAAGAGAUUGAACACUUCUGAGCUUGAUUUGCAAUUAACCCUAAACCCGAGUUUGCAGAAACCUCACGCUGAGGAUAUUGACAGUAGUCUCUCAUUAUCCUUAUGCACCCCCCCUUCUUCUUCAAAGGAAAACCCACAAGAAAGUGGGCAACCUAGAGAUACCAUGAAAACUGAUUUAAGACUCUUAGAAAAAGAUAGCAGUGGGCAGGCCCCCAGGAGGCUGAGUACUUUAGAUCUGACCAUGUCAAUUCGGGCAUUGGAGUGAGAUCUUCAAAGUACUUGUCUCAGAGGCCUAUGUUACUUCUCAAUUUAUGUACUUCUCAAUAAGGUAAUUAUCAUUUCCCUGUGAUCAUUUUCUCUUCUGCGACAUUCUGAAGUAAUUUGUGUAGGGAAUGAAGAUUUUGUCGGUCUGGUUAUAAACCAUCGGUAGUGGUUUCUCUUUGGCAUUUCAGAUUGCUAGCCAUUGAGU